AUCGAAACGAAAUUGACAGCAGCAUUUGACUUUGACAAAUAAACAAUGAUGGCCGUGUCUUGAUGUGCGGUGUCUCUGUGUACAAUUUAAUGUUUACAAAAAUAUAAUUUAUUGAUAGUUUCUAUUCGUUUAUUGUUUCGUCGAUUUAUUGUUUUUACGUCGUUAUGCGUGGCAACGUUCUUUCCUGUAACGGAGCUAGGCACAAGACCUGUGAUUUUUCGUGACACUGACUAAAGCCACAGCUGUACAGCCAAAGGCUUAAAAAAGUAUUAAUAAUUGCCUUUUAGGUUCUUAAAACAUAGUAAAAUGUCUCAAUUAAAAGUGUGUAGGAUAUGUCUGAGAACAGAGGCGAAAACGUAUCAUUUUAAUUUGUAUCAGCUCAAAUGUUAUUAUGAAGAAGUCACAGCUUUAAAAGUGAAUGAAGAGGAUGGUCUACCACAACACUUCUGCUAUGAGUGUGCAACAAUAUUGACUAAAUUUCAUAAGUUUAAAGAGAAGUGUUACUACGGACAGAAGCUGCUCAAAGAAAUGCUAUGGAGAGGACCUAUAACCUACGAAGCAAUAUACAAAAUAGACCGCAAAGAUACAAUGUUACAAUCACCAGUACAAGUAGUCACAUUUACGGACCACAUCAAAACAUACUUCACCACAGAUAGCCAAGAAGUGGUAAACUUUGACGAAGAUAAAAUCAUUGAAAAGAUUGAAGCGAAUUAUUUCAGUGAUACUUCAUUAACUGAUGGUGAAGACCCGGUAGACUUUCUCCAUAACGAAAAGAUAUUUGAAGCAGACAUCUUUGAUGAAAAAAAGAAACUUGAUAAGGAUACAACUGUAGAAGAAAACGCUGAAAAGAUAGAAACCGAAGUAUUGAAAGACUUGGAACCAAUAUUCAGCCCUAAAGCAGUUUAUGUUGACAGUGAAAAAGGUUUAAUAGAUGUCAAAUGUGAGAAUUUAAAAAAUAAAAAGGAUAAGAAUAGUAAGAAUUGGAUCAAAAGUUUACAUAAGGUAUUGGAUGAGAAUAACUGGAAAAUUUAUGUUUUAACCGAGGAAGAAGCUUUGAAGAAUUUUAGAGCAAGAGCUGAGGAUACAAAAUAUGUGAAUGCUCCAUUUAAGUGUAAAGAUUGCUUUAAAUGGUUCACUAAGAAGGAUAUACUGAAUAGGCAUAUCAUGUUGAGACAUGUUGAGUCUUUAGGUUCGUACGAAUGUCGCUUCUGCCGGAUGCGGUUCAAACUGGGCUGCUAUCUCCGAAAGCACAUGAGACAACACUACACCAAGUUUGAGUGUCUUCGAUGCCAUUUAGUAUGCCCUUUAGAAACUUCAGCAGUCCUUCACGAUGAAUAUCACAGUGGUGUAACAAAAAAGUGCACUUAUUGCGAUGAGGAAUUCAGACACUCGUCCACAUACUACACCCACUUGCGCACUCACCGCAGUGAGCAUGUGUGCACGCUCUGCGGCGCCAGCUUCGUCAGUAAGGCGGGGCUCAAGCAACACCAGAGGGUCAAACAUAUUAUAGUCGAUAUCGAGAGCCCGGACGACGAUGAAGAGGUGAACACGUUUUGCGAACGCUGCGACAUACGCUUUGAAACCCGGAAAGCUUAUGAAGAACAUCUGUUCCAGUCUGCUUUACAUGAUGACCAUGAGGGGAUUUCCAAAACUGUAAAUAAAAAGAUACUAGGAAAGAAAGAACAAGCGAAGAUUGCGAAGCGCAUAAGGAGACGGGAAACAGUUGCCGAUGUGUUCAGUAUAACGACAGAACCGAAGCCGAAGAAAAAAAUGAGGAGAAAACACAAAAAACCGACGACUUGUCAUCAAUGUGGCAAACAUUUCAAUACACAAGCGGAAUGUUUAAAGCACCACCUGGCGGAACAUCCGCGCACUUCGUUCUUCGCGCCCAGCGAGAGAUACAUCUGCGAGAUAUGUGGCUCUUCACUCGCUCCAGGCAGCGUCGCCAACCACCAGAACAUGCACACUCGAGAGAAGCUAUUCUCCUGUGACACCUGCGGCAAACAGUUCCACGCCAUCAUGGGCCUUAAGCGACAUCUAGUGACUCAUACAGGUGAAAAGCCGUACGCUUGUAAUCUAUGCGGCAAGCGUUUCACACAGAGCAACAGUAUGAAGCUUCACUACCGAACUUUUCAUCUCAAGGAACCUUACCCUAAAAGGAACCGCAAAAAAGUGAAAGACUUGUCAAAACCUCAGGAGUUAGAAGAGUGUAUGAGCGAGAGCUCAGCAUGCAGCCUCCCGGACCUGCCGCCGCCCGCCGACCUGCCGCACUCACAACACGACAUGCACUACUUAACGUUAGCGUAGUACUGGGUAUAAGUGUUAUACGACAUUUGGUUUCUCGGUACUUGAAUACUUGGUCAAGAGCGAGGUAGAGUU